CCUCGUGCCGGUGUAUAAAGGAAGAAGGACCAGGGAGCCCCAGGCUGCAGUGGAGCCAGCGUGAGCGAGCUCGGCCCCGGGAGCAGAAUGCCUCGCUGGGGACUCCUGCUGGUACUCUGGGGCUCCUGCACCUUGGGUCUCCCCGCUGACACCAGCGCCUUCAGAAGGAUCCUCCUCAAGAAAAUGCCCUCAGUCCGGGACAUCCUGCAGGAGCGAGGUGUGGACAUGGCCAGGCUGGGUGCCGAGUGGAGCCGGUUCACCAAGAGGCUCUCCCUGGCCAAUGGCACCACCCCUGUGGUCCUCACCAACUACCUGGACACCCAGUACUACGGCGAGGUGGGCAUCGGCACCCCACCCCAGACCUUCAAAGUCAUCUUCGACACGGGUUCGGCCAACCUCUGGGUGCCCUCCACCAAGUGCAGCCCUCUCUACACUGCCUGCGAGAUCCACAACCUCUACGACUCGGCGGAAUCCUCCAGCUACCUGGAGAACGGGACGGAAUUCACCAUCCACUACGGAUCCGGGAAGGUCAAGGGCUUCCUAAGCCAGGACAUAGUGACUGUGGGCGGGAUCACGGUGACGCAGACAUUCGGCGAGGUCACGGAGCUGCCGCUGAUACCCUUCAUGCUGGCCAAGUUCGACGGCGUCCUGGGCAUGGGCUUCCCUGCACAGGCCGUCGGCGGGGUCACCCCUGUCUUUGACCACAUCCUCUCGCAGCGCGUGCUAAAGGAGGAAGUCUUCUCUGUCUACUACAGCAGGAAUUCCCACCUGCCGGGGGGAGAGAUCGUGCUGGGAGGCAGCGACCCCCAGUAUUACCAAGGCAACUUCCACUACGUGAGCAUCAGCAAGGCUGGCUCCUGGCAGAUCACCAUGAAGGGCGUGUCUGUAGGGUCAGCCACCUUGCUGUGUGAGGAGGGCUGCAUGGCGGUGGUAGACACUGGGGCAUCCUACAUCUCGGGGCCCACCAGCUCCCUCAGGCUGCUCACGGAGGCCCUGGGAGCCAAGGAGCAGAGCUCGGAUGAAUAUGUGGUGAACUGCAACCAGGUGCCCACACUCCCCGACGUCUCCUUCCACCUGGGAGGCAGAGCCUACACACUCACGAGCAGGGACUACGUCCUCCAGGACCCCUACAGUAAUGAUGACCUGUGCACCCUGGCCCUGCAUGGCCUGGACAUCCCCCCGCCCACGGGGCCCGUGUGGGUGCUGGGCGCCAGCUUCAUCCGCAAGUUCUACACCGAGUUUGAUCGGCACAACAAUCGCAUUGGCUUCGCCUUGGCCCGCUGAGGCCAGCGCUGGAGCAGUCUGAGAGCCCUCCUCUGCCUGGACCUGUGCCUGUGGGGGGACAUCAGGCAUGGAGCUCCUGCUGGACGCCUGCCCUGCCCCCUGCGCCAGCCCUUCCCUGCUUGGAGGACAAAGAAUAAAGACUUCAUGUUCACAA